UCUCUCUCUCUCUCUCUCUCUCUCUCCCGUGUCCGCAACCGCAAAUCCCCAUUUGGUCUCACCUAAAACCCUAGCUCGCUCACCCAUGGCUCCGAAGAAGCGAAAGGCGGAUCCGGCGGAGUCCCCGGUAGCCUCGUCGGAGGCCGGCGCCGGCACCAACCACCACCAGGAGACGCCCUCCUCGGAGCUCAAGCCCCGGGGGACCAUCUACUUCCCCAUCACCGACGACCCCCCGGAGCCGAGCGCAGAGGGCGGCGCCGAGGGGGAGGACGGCGCCGGAGGGGACGACGAUGAGGAGGACAUCGCGAAGCUGCUCGAGCCCCUGUCGCGGGAGCAGCUGGUGGCGCUGCUCCGCACGGCCGCGGAGACUACCCCCGCGACGAUGGCGGCCGUGCGGCGCGCGGCGGAGGCCGACCCCGCGAGCAGGAAGCUCUUCGUCCACGGCCUCGGCUGGGGCGCCGGAGCCGACGACCUCCGCUCCGCGUUCUCCCGCUUCGGCGAGCUCGAGGACUGCCGUGUCAUCUCCGACAAGCAAUCUGGCAGAUCUAAGGGCUACGGCUUCGUCCUCUUCCGCUCCCGCCGCUCCGCGCUCCGCGCCCUCCGCCGCCCCCAGCUCCAAAUCGGCGGCCGCCUUGCUUUCUGCCAUCUCGCUGCCUCGGGUCCUGCCCCUCCGACCUCCCAGUCCCAGAACCCUAGCUCCAACACCAACGCCAACUCCGGUGCGGCCAAUAACGCUGGUUCUGCGUCGUCUUCACAACCUGACAACAUGCAACGCAAAAUCUUUGUUGGUAACGUGCAUGCUGAUGUCGAUGUUGACCGCCUGUAUGAGUACUUCUCGCAAUUUGGUGAGAUUGAGGAGGGGCCAUUGGGAUUUGACAAGACCACUGGCAAGCCUAAGGGGUUUGCGCUGUUCGUCUACAAGUCAGUGGAGAGCGCCCGCCGUGCGCUGGAGGAGCCAACAAGGAACUUUGAUGGCAAAAUGCUCAAUGUGCAGAAGGCUAUAGAUGGCAGGACCAAGAACACACCUGGGAUGAAUGCAAAUUCUAACCCUAGUGGUACCGCUGCCUCGGCAGCAGCUGCUGCUGCAGCUGCACAGAUGACUGCUCCUGCUACUGCUGCAAUUACACCGUAUGAUGCAUCAGCUUAUGGUGCUACUGCCGUUCCUGACUUGGGUUAUGCGCAGCAAGCGGCUAUGUUGGGAUUGGGUGCACAGCAGCAGGCGUUUGCACAACCCAAUGCUGCAAUGCUUGCCAUGAUGGCAGCAGCUAUGCAAAACCCAGCUAUGCUCGCAACGCUGAACCCUGCUUUUGCUGCUGCUGCAUUGGGUGCUGGGGGCCAGCAGGUGCACGCGGCUGGUAUUCCAGGUUUUGGAGCUCAGGGUUUUGGGACACAGGGCUUUGCAGCAGGUGCCGCCGCUUUUCCAAAUGCAGCGGGUGUUCAAGCUCCUCCUGGUUUUCAGGGUCCGCCUGGGUUCCAGACUUCUGCUGGGUUUCAGGUUGGCCAAGCAGCUUCACAAGCGGGUACUGCUGCGGCUGCUGCCGCCGGUGCUGCUGGUUAUCAGGCUGCUGCUGCUGGGCAGGGCCAAGUGCCCGGAACGCAAAUUGGGGGUGCUGGUUUUCAGGGUGGAUUUUGAAAUCACUAGUUGCAGUGGGAUUUGGAAGAAUGUGAUAUUCAUAGCUUUUGCGUUCACCUUGGAAAUUUCUGGUUUGAGGCUGAGUUCAGCUGCUAUGACCUUAAGACCUUGAUUGCCAUUGAGCUUUAUUUCUAAAUCUGCAUAGUGAUCUCCUGUAGCCAACUAGCCAUGGGAAAUAGGUGAAAGUUCACUUUGCGUUUAUAAUCUCUUGAAAGAGUAUAAAUUAAUGGAUAAUGCCUCAUCAGCAAACACUGCAUCUCCAUUGGAGAUUUUGGAAUGUGCUUUUGUUUUUCUGAUAAAGUAAGUAUCUAGAACAUUUCUAUAGGAUUCAAGCAUAGUAAUGGUACUGGCGCCCUGUGGACACUGCAUAGGCUUGACUCUUUCUAGUGCGAUGUGCUGAUUGAAAAGUGCAUACUAGGGUGUAGGUAAUGUUCAUCCUGUCAUAAACUCAUGCGGACUUUUUAGCUUGUGCUUGCUGUCAGAAUGUGGUCCCUCUAAAUAUGAGCUGUUUUAGCAGAAGGUUAUGGUCUGCUGACAGUGAUCUUUGCUUUGUGCUGAGGAAGGAUAGCAUUCAAAACAUUCAUACAGCCCAUAACCAUAUGUGUUCUAUUUCUUAUAUGCACCAUAAGCGCAAUCAUUAAGUACGGCAGUUGAAACCUUUGCUUUAGAGUUCUUAUCCUAUUGUCUAUAGAGUCGCAACAACUAUGCCCAUCCAUCAGAUGUAGAUCUGAUUUUCAAAGUUGCCCCCCUUUCCAAAUUUGUCACAAAACCAUCUAGUUUCAAGGCUUACAACAGUAGAUCAAGCACACCAAAUGGCUUUACAUUGCUAAAUGUCGUGAAGUUAUUGUCACUAGCUAGAAUUUGCGCAUGAUGAAGUUACAGAGACUAUUGAGGUCUCCGUAAGUUUGCUACAUAUCAUUUCCCUGUUAUUUUCCAUGUCAUGGAAGAAAUCUCCAUCUAAUUGAUCAACUUUCACGUUUUGUCUGGUACAACUAAAUUUUUGUUGUGAGAACUCGAUUAGUCAAUUAUAGGCAUCAUUCUUGUUACAAAUGAACAUAAUCUUUCAUAUGUGGUGGUAAAAAUCUUUACAAUAUAAUCAUUACUGCUGAAUUGUUGUUUAUAUUGUUGGAUUUCCUUAGUAUCAUCUUUCUUGAAAUGGAUUUUUUUUUGUUUCUUCUAGUUGUGUAUACUGGCAGCAGAGACGACCAGUUAUUAUUUGAUGAUGAUUACAUACUUCAUGUAUCCAAUGGGUAUAUUGCUUUAUAUCUGGCAGUCACUAUGAUUAUUACAGUCUUGUGUCUAUUUGCCAUCAUGUUCUAUCUCCAGUUCUCUUUACCAUAUCACUGCGUUUGCAUUCUUAUCUUUGAACGUGAUGUCUUGCUAAUUUGAGUUCUUAAGCGAACUUUUCAUAUUUUCCAUGGGACCAUUUCAGUAUAAAGACUGCAUUGUGGAAUCUGGAAACUGUUAUUUCAUAGGGGUCCGUGAUUAUGAAACUUUUUCUUGGAUGCAAUUUAGCAGUUCUUUAACCUUUUUCCACACAAUUCUCACACUUGUAAUAUUAGUGGAUUUGGGUAUAGUAGCUAUGUGGGAGGUUUGGAUUCUUUAUCAAUUCGUUUGCGCUGCAAAAAUGGCUAGUGAACUUAAUCA